AUGCCGCGCAGGAGGAGGCCGCCGCGCGCUGGCGCCAUGGCCGAGCUGCCGCCCUUGAGGAUCGCCACUCAGAUUGCGACCCUGCAGGCCCUUUACUACGUCGGCGCCAUCAUUCUCAUGCUCUUCACGGCUCUCGUCGCAGGCAUCUCGUUUACUCUCGAUGUCGUCUUCGGCUGGGAUGCCGUCAGGGGAGACACGACACAAGGCUGGCUCUGUGGAUUCGUCUUGGUCCUUGAUGGCGGGUUUUGCAUGGCGAUAGCUAUUAUCCUUCUCGUUUCCCGCUCGAAGCUCGUGCCCGACUUUGCUGUUACCAUCCACGCCCUUCAUCUCGUCAUUACAACGCUGUACACAGGUCGCGUGCCCCGCAACGCCAUGUGGUGGGCCUGCAUGAUGGCAUCGACAGGACUAUGCGCCGCGCUCGGCGUCUGGGGCUCAAGAUAUCAUCUGGGUCAGGCGAUGAUUUGCAGUUAA